GGCCGGGCUGGCCUGCUGCCGGUGUUUCCCACCGCCCCGCCGCGGCAUUUGUCGCUGUGUCGUUCUCCUCGUGGAAUGAUUGGGUUGUCGUUUGAGUUUCAUUGUGGGAGACGCUUCGCGAGGGCAGAGGAAAUGCUUUUUGUUAACUGGCCUCUAUAACAGUGGUUCCAAAGUGUGGGUCCCCCAUCAGCAGCUUCAGCAUCACCUGGACAUUAGUUAGAAAUGCACAUUCUUGGUCCCAUCCCAGCCCUGCUGAAGCAGAAACUGGAUGUAAAGUCGUCAAGCUGUGGUUUCACGCAUGACGAGCUGCUGAAGGUCUGGAAAGGACUGUUCUAUUGUAUGUGGAUGCAGGACAAGCCACUCCUCCAGGAGGAACUAGGAAGGACCAUUGCCCAGCUCAUCCACGCUUUCCAGACCACGGAGGCCCAGCACCUGUUCCUUCAGACCUUCUGGCAGACCAUGAAUCGCGAGUGGACGGGCAUAGACAGACUGCGCCUGGACAAGUUCUACUUGCUCAUGCGGAUGGUCCUGCACGAGUCCUUGAAGGCCCUGAAGACGCAGGGAUGGGAAGAAAGACACAUGGAACAGCUGCUGGCGCUGCUGACCAUGGAGAUCCUGCACCCCGACAGCCAGGCCCCCAACGGGGUGAAGAGCCACUUCAUCGAAAUCUUCCUGGAAGAGCUGGCCAAAGUGGGCGCCGACGAGCUGACGGCGGACCAGAACUUCAGGUUCAUCGAGCCCUUCUGCAGAAUCGCCGCCCAGACAAAGGACUCCGUGGUUUUGCACAACAUCACUCGUGGCAUCUUUGAAACGAUCGUGGAACAGGCCCCGUUUGCCAUUGAAGACUUAAUGAAUGAAAUGGGGGCAGAGGACGUGUCGGAGGGUGACGAGGAGGAGCAGGACGAGCCGCCCGAGAAGCUACCUAGAGGUGAGGAUGACCAUGCGUCCCACGUGACAUGCCUGCACCUCUGCAGCACCUGCCCUGGUUUGAGCCGACCUCGGGGACCCGUUUCUGUCCUCGCCCCCAGUCUGUCCUUGAGAAACAAGCACGUGCCACUCAGUCCUAGCUCUCACUCCGCGGCCUCGCCCUGACUCGCCC